CGGGCAGAUCUGCCCGAACCAAUAUGGCGGAGCCGUUUACGUACGAUUCAGCGCUCAAUGCGGCGUCUAUGUAUACAUGUCUAUGGUUUGCUUGACCCUUUCCCACAAUCCACCGGGAGGGACAGAAGGCGCGUUUUGCAGCGGCUGCAUGUCAACAAGAAGAGGAAGGAGAGGCUCUGCUCGAUGCACAACAUCUGAUGCAUGAAUACAACAACUGUGUGGACUAACCCGUCUGUCUCCCGUCCCUCUGUUCGCCGGUGCUCACCGUACACUGACCGACAUGGCUCCGUUCAGCCUGAUGGCAGCAGGUGUUAGCUGGCUGGCUAAGUCCUUCACUGUGUUCUCCAGCACGAGCGUCCUCACAAGGUGUACCAGUGUCCUUCCAGCUUCUUACAUCAACCCAGUAAAAUGUCUGAGCUCUCAGGCCAGUGGCCCUCCAAAGAGACCUCUGAAUGGAUACAUGAGAUUUGUUCUGCAGCAGCGGCCAAUCAUGGCGAGGCAAAACCCAGAAAUCAAAUCUGUUGAUAUCAUCAGAAAGAUUGCCCAGCAGUGGAGAACGUUGAGCCCAGAACAGAAACAGCCCUUUCAGGAAGCCUCUCUGCGGGCCAGGGAGCAGUUUACCUUGGACCUCCAGGGCUACAAGGCCCAGCUGACCCCAGCACAGCUCCAGCAACAAGUCCUGGAGAAGAGGCAGAGGUUGGCCAAGAGGAAGGCCAUCCGCCAAAAGAGGGAGUUAACCAACCUCGGGAAACCCAAACGUCCUCGCACUCCAUUCAACAUUUUCAUGUCGGAGCACUUCGAGGAGGCCAGAGGAACCACAACACCGGCAAAGAUGAAGUCCCUGAGGGACGACUGGAGGAAUCUGUUCAACCAUCAGAAACAGGUUUACAUACAGCUGGCUGAGGACGAUAAAAUUCGCUACAAGAACGAGAUGAAGUCCUGGGAGGACCACAUGGUAGAGAUUGGACGUGAAGACCUGGUCCGAGGGAAGACACUGUCUAAGAAGAAAAAAACUGAUGCUAAAGCUCCAUCUGCCAAGAAAGCAACAAAGAAGGCUAAAGCCAAGACCACAAAGAAGACUGCCGCCAAAGGAAAGUCUAAAACAACCAAGGUGACAACAAAAAGCAGCUCCACCAAAACUGUCUAAGGUGUUUACGUCUCAGUUCUAUACACGAGUACAGAGGAAAAGAAGUGUGUUCAUGACAACUGAAGACGGAGGUCUUAUGCUCGUUUGUCCUCACAAACUUCCCAGUGGUCAUGAAUGUGUCUUAGGUUCUACAGGGCACAACUUUUCUAACAUUCAGACAGACCAAGAUCAUUUUCCAACAGCCCAAUAAUGUGUCUGUUCAGUGAAUAUGUUUCUAGAAACAUUAAAGCAGGAUUUGACAGGACGCAGUGUGAGAAAUGAUGUGGAGGCUUAGAAAGUGAGUUAGCUGAUGAAAUGUAGUGUUAAAGUGCUCAGAUACUGUUCAUACUUUACUGUCUGCAGUGUGCAAGCUUACCUAGUCCUGAGUGUAACUCAAUCCCCUCAAUUGACUGACUGAGUCAAUUGAGUCCCAGAAACAACCACACUUUUCUAUUUUUGGUAUUUCAUAAAGAGAAUUAAUGUAAAAAAUAUGUUUGUCCGGUCAACAAAUUGAUGAGAAACCCCAAAACAACAACGAGUCAGUCCUCCCUGCUGUCUGAGACUCUCAGCCCCAAGCCCAUUGAAGAUUGAGGUGAAGAUGAAGAUGUAAAUGUUUAAAAACACCUCACAUGCAGUACUUCAUUUUUCAAAAAGAGACAGCUGCUCACUGUUGUCUGGAUAAAAAAUAAAAAUCUAGAAUAACAGCCUCAUCCUUACAGAGUGUAUGUCAGCUGUGUGUGUGUGUGUGUGUGUGUGUGUGUGUGUGUGUUUUAACAGCGCAGCAUGUUGAAAAGAUUGACAGAAAACACUUCCUCUAAAGAUCAGAGGGUACCACAGAACCUGAAACUGACUGAAUACUCUUUGCUUGUACACUCGCAACUUCAAACUGUGAAAUCUUUGAUGGCAUAAGUAACAUUAAUGACUGACAUUUGGUUUCUAAACACCAAAGCUUAAUUCUGCUUUGUUCCAGUCGAGUCAACAAAACAGAGAGCCUGGUCCAUUUUUUCCCUCCAAGUGAUUGUUAUGGUGGCAUAUCAAGUCAGAUAUGAGCCACUUGACUUAAACUGAGAAAUUAGUUUCAGGAAAUUUAGUCAAUAAUCCAGAUGAAAAUAUUCAGACAUGCAUCAGUUAUGAAGAACAAUUGUAUUGUGUUGAACGUCUUCAGUGCUCUCACAUUCAGGCAGCAUUAACUUGGCUUAUUUUCUUUGUUAUGUGUUUAUUGAAUAAACAUUUAUCUUUCUACAAAA